GUCAUCCAGUUGCGAGUGCCUUGAGUGGUCUCUGCUUAAAAGCCAACCAGCUGCUCGUCAUUAACACGUAUACUUAAUAGUCAACCAACACCGAGUGCCUUGAGUAUACUUCAGUUGGAAGUGAACCAGUUGGUGAUUAUCUAAAAGAUUAAACGUAUACUCUGCUUAAAAGCCAACCAGCUGCUCGUCAUCUACACGUAUACCUAGUAGUCAACCAACCCCGGGUGCUUUGAGUAUACUUCAAUUAGAAUUGAACCAGUUGAUCAUCACUUCCUUUACUUAUAAAUCAACUAUUCAUCAUCCGAACACCAUCUACACGUAUACCAAGGAGCGAACCGACGCUCAGGAGUCGUCUAGCCUCUCGUACUUGAAGUGUCUCGAGUAAACUUCGCUUGGAUGUCAACCAGUUGAUCGUCAUCCGAAAUCUAAAAAAGGAAAACUUCACUUAGGAGCGAACCAGCCUCUCUUGUGCCACCUUUGUCUCGAGUUGCGAUAAUCAGGCGACCCGUAUCCAUCGCCAGCCAUGCCUGAGACCAAGCAAUGAGUCCACGGCCGACGAGGGAAUCGUGACUAUUGGAUUGCUCGUGACUCCCAAAGACUUCAGGGUCGUAAUCUCGUCGAACCGGUGGGAAUAGCGAAUUAACCGCGACAAUGCCAGCCUGCACCAGCGAGAACAUCUCCAGGCGGUGGUCCUCGAGCCCUCCUAUCUCUAGGAGCAGCAGCGUGUCGCCGUUGGGCCCUAGCACGCCUCUCUCGACGUCUCCGCCGCUUGUUUCGCCAAUCUCGACUCUGAAACGCUCGAUGUCCAACAUCUCGAACGCUUCGAAUCCUCUGGAUGGUUCCCCGUCGUCGAACAGCUCGGACGCGCCAACGGUGAUAUUCUCGCCUCGUCGUCGUCAUCGGCACCAACAUCAAAGGUCGCCGACGAGCUGCCAAGCUCCGGGCCAGACGGGAUCGACACAGGGACAGAAUCACAAUCGAAACGACUCGUUGCUGGUGAGGAUACUGACCGCGUACAUCGGGUUCCUGUUCGGGAUCGUGCAGGGUGUCGUCAGCGUGAUCAGUUACGCGAUAUGGGCGCCAGCUCUAUGGGCUUCCGUCUGGGUGUACAUGAUCUGGGUGAUAUUCCAGCUACCCCUGACCGCCCUCAAGUGGUUCAUCACCGUUCUCCACACCCCGGCCUCGGAGAGGGCUCGAAACAAACGGUGCGUGUUGAUCAGCGGUGGUAGCACCGUGCAAGCGGUCCACCUGGCCAGGAACUUCUACAAGGCGGGCGCCAGGGUGGUGAUCUGCGAGCUGGAGGGUCUGUUCGGGCUGGCCAAGUUCUCCACGGCGUGCUCCAAGUUCUACACGAUACCGAAACCGGGCCCUGGGAACGUGAUCGAGUACAUCACGGCGUUGCGCGACAUCGUCCAGAAGGAGAAGGCUGCCUACUACAUUCCCGUAAGCGCGACCAACACGGCCUACUACGACGCGUUGGCGAAGACUUACCUAGAGGUAAUGGGUUGUCAGUGUUUCGUGCCGGGUGCCAGUGAGGUGGCAGCUCUGGACGACACCAUGGAGUUGCUGAGAAGAUGUCGCGCUUUGGGUCUAGCUACCCCGAGUCACACAGUGCUCCGCUCGGCCCAGGACGUCGCGAGACUCUACGAGCAGAACGCGUUGAGCGGACCCGGCAGAUACCUGAUGCUGCCCGCUGGGCCAGCUGGGAUGAGGGACAGGACCGAGGUGGUCCUGCCCCCCACCGCCAGGGAGUUCCUGAACCAGCAGCACGAGAUCAGCGAGAGUAAGCCGUGGGCCGUGAUACGGGAUCCGAACGGUAAACAUUACGUUACCUGCACCACGGUGAAGGAGUCGAGGAUCGUGGCGAACGUCACCUGCCUCGUGGACGAGGAGCGAGGGUUGAUUCCAGAGGAACGACCCGAAGUGGCCCGAUGGCUGGAGAGGUUCUUCAGCCGCACCUUCGGCUCGAGGAUCAACGGCCAUCUUAGUUUUAGGCUGGCCGUUUCGGAGGGCGAGCUGGUGCCUAUCGGGUGCCGCGUGGGCGUCAGCCUCCCUUACAUAUGCCACACGGGCAUUCACCCUCGGCUGGUGUGGAAACCGUGCAGACACUUCUCCAGACAAAACUCCGGGAUCCUGUCGACCACCGAAAGACACACGCUGCCGGACGUGAUGGCCAAUCUGGUGAAACGGCAGACAGAGACGGAGCCUCAUCUCCUGGGCACGGUGCUCGAUAAACGGGAGGCUCUGUUCACCUAUUGGGACCCGUUGCCCUACUGCGCUUACUAUCAUCUUCAGCUACCCUUCAGGCGCCUGGCGGGCAUGAUCAGGGCCCAGCCUGCUCAGCACAAUCCACCCUUGGCGGUAGUGCAAUAAUCAAUUCUCGACUUCUCCUCGUUAACUCUGAUUCGAAGUUACAAAGUCUGUGGACUAUGGUUACGGUGGACGUACGAGAGGAGUUUUGGGACUUUAUUUGAUACAGUACGAUUUAUAGUACUCGAGUAAGGGCGUACUGGGUUUGGUACAGUGUUGGGCAAAUUCGUAAUCGCAAAU